AUGAACCUCACGACCCUCAUGAACCUCACAACCCUCACGAACCUCACGACCCUCAUGAACCUCACGACCCUCACGAACCUCGCGACCCUCACGACCCUCACGACCCUCAUGAACCUCACGACCCUCGCGAACCUCAUGAACCUCACGACCCUCGUGAACCUCACGACCCUCGUGAACCUCACGAACCUCACGACCCUCAUGAACCUCACGACCCUCAUGAACCUCAUGAACCUCACGACCCUCACGACCCUCAUGAACCUCACGACCCUCAUGAACCUCACGACUCUCAUGAACCUCACGACCCUCACGAACCUCACGACCCUCAUGAACCUCACGACCCUCACGAACCUCACGACCCUCACGACCCUCACGACCCUCAUGAACCUCACGACCCUCGCGAACCUCAUGAACCUCACGACCCUCGUGAACCUCACGACCCUCGUGAACCUCACGAACCUCGUGAACCUCACGAACCUCACGACCCUCGUGAACCUCACGACCCUCGUGAACCUCACGACCCUCAUGAACCUCACGACCCUCAUGAACCUCAUGAACCUCACGACCCUCACGACCCUCAUGAACCUCACGACCCUCGCGAACCUCAUGAACCUCACGACCCUCACGAACCUCAUAAACCUCACGACCCUCAUGAACCUCACGACCCUCAUGAACCUCACGACCCUCACGACCUCACGACCCUCACGAACCUCACGACCCUCACGACCCUCAUGA